UUUAUGUCAUGUGGGACCCACGUGUGUACUCUGUUGUCCGCAAAUCAUUCUGUUGUUCGGUCUUCUAUCAAUCAUUUCGUUGAUGCCAAUUCGCAAGCAGCUUAGCUAAAUAAGUUCCCUUCCGGUAUCAUCUCCAAUGUCGGCGGGUUUCUCCGUCGCAUGACCAUCCGUUAGAUUCUUUGUUUCUCUUGUUCCUUCUGUAACUCGUGAAAGCUCUCGACGUUGGAUGAGUUUUGUCUACUGAUUGUAUUUUAGGAAUGAAUGACUCAGUCCCUGAAUCUGUAGAGGAAGACAAUGGUAACUCAGUACUUGCUGAUCAUACUGCAAAUGGAAGUGUUGGAUCACCACCUCAACGAUCGAACAGCGUUGAUAGUUCUAUCAGGGUUGAGUCUCCGGGUGGAUCGGCGACGAGGAAAGGUUUCGGUUUGAAGAAAUGGAGAAGGAUCAAAAGAGAUGGUCCUGUAAAGGACGAUGACGCUGCUCCUGUUGAUGAUGGUAGUAGUAGUAAGUUGCUGAAGCGUAAUUUGACUGGUUUUGUGAAUCCUCCUUCUAAACAUGUGGACUUGUCUUCAGUUGAAGCAAGGCAGAGUAGUGAAGGCUCUGUUGGUUCUGUUAAUAUGGUGCAUCAUCAUCCAGGUGUAGUCAACGGGUUUAGUCCUCCUGAUCCAGGUUGUAUCUUUACUGUUGGCCAAGCGUCUGAGAAAAGCGAAGAGCAUAGCGGUAAUGCAAUAGGAGGGAAGGUUGUUUCAGGUAGCCAAGGGAAAAUAUGGAGUGGUGAUACCGUGAAGAAGGCUAGUGAAGAGCGGGUAGAUAUUGAGAAGGAGAAGCCUUGUUCCAGCAUGGAUUCUGACUUGAGAAGUAGUGAUUUUGUGUUUUCGAGUGGUGCGGUUUCUGUUGCUAACUAUGGAGAGAAAGAUGAGAGAUUUCAUAUUGGCGGAUUUAGCAAAGAAGGUCAAGUUAGGGAGGAAGUUGAAACGUAUAGCCGAAGAGAGAAUGGGUAUAAAGAAGAAGAUGGAGAUGAGAGUAAGGAAAACAACAAUCAUUGGACAGACAAGGAUCCGUUUGCAGAUUCUAUCAAAAGUUUUGCAGUUCUGCAGGAAGCUCUUUGGAAAGAGGUUCAAACUUUUCAGGAGCUGGGUAAGGAACCUAUACCAUUACAGUCGAACAUAGAUGAACUGAGCUCAUCAGACCAGCCAAGAAAUGAAAAUUGUAGAGAAGAUAACUCAAUAUCCUCAGGACCAAAGGCAUUGAUCUUGAAGGAGAAGGUAAAACAUCUGGAACACAAACUCGAGGAAGCAAGAAGUGCUCUCGAGGAAAAAGAAGGCAGGAUCCAAGAACUCGAAAACUCGAAGAUGGAAUCUGAACUCGAAGACAUUCUCCAGAGAAAGAUCGAAGCCGAAAUCGAGCAUUUGAUGCUCACAAGAUCUCUGAGCUCACUACAAUUACCACAAGAACCUAAGAAGUUACAUUCUUUGACAGAAGAUCCUCCUGAAUCAAACCGUGAAGUCAUCUUAGGUAAAACAUGUAAGCUCGGUAUCUAUAUUUUGACACAAUUGAUCUUGCUUGUCUCCAUGCUUUGGUUUCUCGUCCUUCAAUUCUCUCCUGCUUCACAGUUAGUUAUACCAACUUGAAAAGAUUUGGUUUUGUUGUUGUGGAAUUAUCAAACGUUUUUGUUUCUACAGAUUUUUCAUUUAUUGUAAUACUGUAAUAAUAAAAAUGUCUCUUUACCACA